CACAAGUUACAGUGGGAAAUGCGUCAGCGAGAAGAAGAAAUUGGAGAACUGCAGAAGGCUUUGAGUGACAUGCAGGUGUUCCUUUUUCAAGAAAGAGAGCAUGUGCUGCGCCUUUAUGCUGAAAACGAUCGACUGAAAAUCAGGGAAUUAGAUGACAGAAAGAAGAUUCAACAUCUUUUGGCUUUAUUAGGAACAGAUGAGGGUGAAAUUACCUAUUUUCACCAAGAACCCCCAAAUAAGGUGGAGUCUCUUCAGGCUCAACUAGAAGAACAGACUAAGCUGUCAAAAGAGCAGAUGGAAGCCCUGCUAGAAGAUCGACGCAUCCGUAUUGAAGAAGCUCAGGUGCAGCACCAGAGGGAUCAGGAAAAGAUCAAAGACAUUACUGAAAGGUACCAUAAAACUCAAAGUUUGCUGUACGGGAGCACCAAAGAUUUUCUGCAGAUGAAGUUUAAUGCACGAGCAAAUGAAAAAUCCUGGAUGGCAGAGAAGGACACUCUGCUGAGGAAGAUGGACAAAUGUAGAUGUGCACACAAGCCAAGCAGGGUUUAUGGUAGUCCGGUCGACGAUCACAUCGAUCAGAGUUAUGACAGUUGUCAAAGCUGGCAGGUUGCUAGCCCAGCGAAGCAGGAUACUAGCCUGGAUGAAUGGGGAAGUAGUCCUCGUCAGCAAAGUUUCACCAGGAGAUCACCUCCCAGUGGGAAGGUUGAAGUUUUCAAGAAGAGAAGACCCAAAGUUGUCAGAUGCGUUUUUCGAGCCGAGCAGAACGUUCACAAAGUAUACGGAGCAGAGAUUAUGGGAUUAAGAGAUCAGUUGAGCCAGGAGCAGAAAUUAGCCAACAUGUUUCGAGAACAGUGUGUUUCAUUGGAAGAGCAGUUGUCUAAGGUUCGGGAGGAAGGAAAUUUAGGCCAAGAAAUGUUCAAGCAACGGUCAGAAAAGAUGGGAAAGCGUCUACAGCUAAUGACCCGGCGCUAUGAGGCACUGGAAAAAAGGCGUGCCAUGGAGGUGGAAGGAUUUAAAAAUGACAUCAAACAAUUCCAACAUAAGCUGCAGGACGUGGAGAAGCAACUCUUCAAGGUGGUGAUGAAUGUGGGACCCGACCAAGAUCUUGCAAUUCUGCAUGAAGUUCGCCGAGGAAAUAAGAGAACCAAAAAGCUACAAGGAGAACUUAAAAGCUUAAAGUCAAAGAUAUAUGGGCUGGAGAAUGACCUACGAGAUUAUUGAUAAUGAUAUGUCAGUCAGAAUGAGCGGUGUUGAUAAGGACCUUUUGCUGCAACAAACUUUUUUUCUUUUCUUUUUUUUUUUUUUGUUACAAAUGUGUAGCUUCACUGAGUAUAACAUACACUUUACAUUCCAGGACAGAAGAAAAACAAUUGAAACUUGUGUGAGACUUGAAAAGAAAUUCCUUUCGCCUUUUUGAUGCAUACUUAGAUUUGAUCUCUGUAGUGUUGAUUUAUACAGAGAACCAGGCCGGGGAUAUUUGGUGAUUUCUUUUGCAGUGCCUAGAAGAGAUGUGAUCUACAAGAACUUUUUCACUGCCUAAGAAAUGAUACGUUAUGCAGGGAUCCCAAGAAAAAAGCUAGGCGGGCUGGUAUCUUUAUCUUAGUUUUAUAAUGGAGAAGAAAGGGAUUUCUAAAUGACACUCUCAAACUGGACAGCAUAGAAGGGUUGAUAUCUAUAUAUAGAGAGAAGUGGAUCUCUUACAGAGAACCAUCAGGCUGUUAUACUAUUUUUGAAAUCAAAAUCAGUUCUUGGAAUAAGUGCUUUCCAGAGUUCUCUACAGAUUUGUAGCCUACUGUAAAGAGAAGCAUAGAUCAAGAGGAACUCUAUUCAUAAGUGACAGGGCUUCAAUCUCAAACACAAUCUAUCACCCAGGAUAUAAAGUGUGUGUGUAGGGUUGCAGGUUGCACAAAAAGAAGAGUCAGACCCAUUGAGCUGAAACUUGUAUCUGAAUAAAAUGGCAUAGGAUUUAGUUAUAACACAGAUACUUUCUAGCCUGGGUCAUUCUUUAUGUUUUCAUGAGUAUAAUUUUUCUUUUUGCAGAAAUCUUUCUGAAAC